AUGCUAAAACAUUCAGUUUAUAAGGAGUUGUCGGAAGAUCAAUGCAUCAUCUUAGAUAAAGAGAAUCGAGUUAUGCAGUUGGCCGACGGACGAACGCUUCCCUUCAGAGGGAAAAGUGACUUUUCUAUCAAAAUCGAUACAUUUGAGACAACGCAUAACAUUUUAGUAGCAGACAUUGAAGUUGACGGAAUAUUAGGCAUGGACUUUCUAGGACAUCAUCAGUGUGAGCUCCUGCGAAACAAGAACGGCUAUGCAUUAAGCUUGUCGGGAACACGUGUACCUUGUCACUCCUCACGAGACGGCUUAGCGUGUCGUCGCAUUGCGUUAAGCGAAACCGUAGUUUUGCCUCCCCGUUCGGAGUCAAUGGUGAUAGCACACUUUGCUGAUGGUGAGGCUACAGAAGAGUUGGGGGUCAUAGAAGUUACUGGCCAAUUCCAGGAACGCCACAACCUAAUGAUGGCGAGGUCCCUGGUUCACCUCAAUCGGAACCAGGUUCCGUUACGUUUACUAAAUCCUACGGAUUCGACAAAAACAGUAUACAAGGACUCGAUUGCAGCGACGUGCGAACCAGCCCAGUGCAUUGACGAAGACAACCGGCUUGGUGUGAACUGCGUAAAGCCCCAGGAUAUCGAUGUUGAGGCCUCUUUAGAAAUCAUUCCAGACCACCUAACAGACGUUUACACGAGAAGUUGUAAAAUACUCGAUGAGAAACAGCAAAGAGAUGUGAGCUCACUCUUGAAGGAGUUUGGUGAUGUUUUCUCCUCAAGCCCAGAGGAUAUUGGUCGCACGNGACGAUUCCACGAUUUUUUUAGAAACUAG